AUGUUGGAUCGAACGAUCAAACAACAAGUCGUCCUGGCGGGAUACAUUUCCCGCAUGUGGGUAAACUUGCAAAAAUUAGGACAAGCCAAAAUUACGACGUACGAAGUCUCGAGCAGACUGGCGCGCUUCGAUGACUAUUGGAGGCAUUAUCAGGACGUGCACUUCGAAAUUGUGGCCAAUCCCAAGGUUGACAAAACGGACUACAUAAAAAACGACUACUUCACCAUCACUGAAGAGGAGUAUUUUGGUAUGCGUAGCAAACUUAAUGAUCUUUUCGUUCAUCUAAAUAGAGCGGGAGCUGCACUACAGGAGCGCCCGGGGCCGAGCUUCACGGCCGUUGCACCGGUGCUUAGACGAAUGCAGCUUCCAAAGCUGGAAUUACCGAAAUUCUCCGGCGAUCAACUUGAGUGGGAGGGAUUUCGAAACUUAUUUCGUUCGUUCGUUUAUGACAUCACGGGGGUUCCUAAGGUGCAGAAGCUGCAGUAUUUGAUGGGGUGCUUGACCGGUGAAGCAGCGGAGGUCGUCGCAGGCGUUCCAUUGACGGACGGUGCCUACGGGCGUGGCAGGAUUUGA